AUGUCAAAUGAACAGUCAGAUAGCAGCGUGCACGAGAAGUGGAUGGCAGAAGCACAGGUCAUGGCGGAGGAAGCACUGACAGCAAAGGAAGUUCCUGUUGGGUGUGUAUUCGUACGAGACGGUGUUGCCAUUGCGCGUGCACGCAACAGGACAAAUGAGCUACGGAACGCAACUCGUCAUGCUGAGCUCGAAGCUAUUGACUCCAUUCUUGCCUCGCGCGAGUUAACACCAGACCCCAAGGAGCAACACCUGUUGUGUACAACGACACUUUAUGUGACUGUCGAACCGUGCAUCAUGUGCGCAUCUGCCCUUCGUCAAAUGGGUAUUGCUGCCGUUUAUUAUGGCUGCGAGAAUGAGCGGUUCGGUGGAUGUGGAAGCGUGUUAGGCGUUAAUGAAGGGCUAAGGCAUCCGAAGCAUCCCUCGUACAAGGCCAUUGGUGGGUACGGCCGUGAAGCCGCCAUUAUGAUUCUCCGACGGUUUUAUUUAACGGAGAAUGUUAACGCGCCCAUUCCAAAGAACAAGGCAAAUCGUGUACUCAAAAUCGAAAUUGCCGAUCCGAAAGUGGACUUAAGCUCGAGACCAGAGACAUCAACUGCCAACAGAAACGAAUAG